AUGGAUCGUGGUUGUUGCUUCCGCUUCAAGACUUGUAACGUAUCGUUGCCGACUUUUGCUCUUGUUUUCUCAAUGUGGGACGUGACGUGCUGCUUUGCUGGUGGCGUUUUAGGCCGUUGGGCUACGAUUCUUGUGUGGAUGAGAUUAUUUUGGAGAUCCACCGUAUCGCCCAAUGCCGAUGCUUUGCGUGCAAGAAAAUAUAUGUCAGCAGAAGGAAACAGGGGCAGAAAAAAUGGCGGCCGCUUCGGCUUCUCUCUCCUUCGUCGUCUCCUCUUCCCGCUCUCCUCCUCUCUCUACCCCUCCGUCUCCCCCCUUCAAAAGCCCCAACUUUUCCCGCCACCGCCGUCGCCGUCGCGGGUGGCGACGCCGCCGGCAGCUCCGGCUCCAAUAUCCGAAGAAGAGGGUGAGAACUUCGAGACCCCAGAAAUCGAAGAGGGAUCGGUCGCUUCUAGUUCCGACUCUGAUUCGUUCUCGUGGAGAGACCACUGGUACCCUGUGUCCUUGAUUGAGGACCUCGAUCCUCGAAGGCCGACCCCAUUUCAGCUCCUCAACCGAGAGAUUGUGCUGUGGAGGGAUCCCAACGCUGGAGGGUGGGUCGCUUUUGAUGACCGAUGCCCUCAUCGUCUCGCUCCUCUCUCUGAAGGGAGAAUUGAUGAAGAUGGAUGCUUGCAGUGCUCAUAUCACGGUUGGUCCUUUGAUGGGAAAGGUACAUGCACAAAAAUACCACAGGCUUCAUCUGAAGGGCCUGAGGCUCGGGCAACCCAGUCCUCGAGGGCUUGCGUGGCAAAACUGCCCACACUAGUCUCACAGGGAUUGCUCUUUGUUUGGCCUGAUGAGAAUGGUUGGGAAAAAGCAUCGCAAACCAAGCCUCCAAUGUUGCCUGAUGAUUUUAAUGAUCCCGGUUUCUCAACUGUGACAAUACAAAGAGACCUUUUCUAUGGGUAUGAUACGCUUAUGGAAAAUGUGUCGGAUCCUUCCCAUAUUGAUUUUGCACACCACAAGGUAACUGGAAGGAGGGACAGAGCGAAACCACUGCCAUUUAAGUUAGAAUCUAGUGGUGCUUGGGGAUUUGCUGGAGCAAAUGCAGGGAACCCUCGUAUAAGUGCUAAAUUUGUUGCCCCGUGCUAUUAUUUGAAUAAGAUAGAGAUAGACACAAAGCUUCCUUUUUUGGGAGAUCAAAAAUGGGUCAUAUGGAUUUGUUCCUUUAACAUUCCUAUGGCACCUGGGAAGACCCGUUCCAUUGUUUGUAGUGCCCGAAACUUCUUCCAGUUUACAAUGCCAGGACCUGAAUGGUGGCAGUUGGUCCCUCGCUGGUAUGAACAUUGGACUUCAAACAAGGUCUAUGACGGUGACAUGAUUGUUCUUCAAGGUCAAGAGAAAGUUUUUCUUUCCAAAUCCAUGGAGGAAUCUGCUGAUGUCAACCAGCAAUAUACAAAACUCACUUUCACUCCCACACAGGCUGACAGAUUGGUUUUGGCAUUCCGAAAUUGGUUGAGGCGAUAUGGCAACAGCCAACCUGAUUGGUUUGGCUUUGCCAACCAACAAUCCUUGCCGUCCACAAUGCUUUCCAAACGUGAGAUGUUGGACCGAUUUGAGCAACACACAGCAAAAUGCUCCUCCUGCAGAGAUGCGUACAAAACUUUCCAGAUGCUCCAGAAAUUGUUCAUCGCUUCUAGCGUGGUUUUAUGUGCAAGUUCUGGGAUCCCUUCUGCAAUCCAGCUGCGGCUUCUGGUGGCUGGGGCUGCUGUACUGAGUGCCGCUGUUGCUUAUGCGCUCCAUGAGUUUCAGAAGAACUUUGUCUUUGUGGAUUAUGUGCAUGCUGAGAUUGAUUGAAUAUACUAAGAAAAAAAAUUAUUUACGAACGUGUGUUCAUGUAGUUAUGUAUUAUAUGCAACCGAGACAAUUGUACGCAAUUUUGAUGGGUAUAGAAAGAUCUGUACGUGUUAAAAGUAUAUGAA